AUGUAUUCGUUUGAAGAUGGGAUAAAAAAUUUUGAUGAAGAAACGUAUAUUGAAGAUAAUGGGAACAUUAAUUUACUUGAUAGAGAAAAUGAUGAUGAACUUCAUGAUAAGGAAAUUGCAGCAAACAAUGUGAAAGAAUUGACGGAAAAGGAAAUAAAUCUUAUUUCUGUUGGACAAGAGUUUGAAUCACUAGAUGAUGCAUAUGAUUUCUAUAACCGGUUUGCAGGUAAAACUGGAUUUAGUAUCCGUUGGCAUUCUACAAACAAGUCCAGAGUCGAACCUUUUGAAGUGAUAGGACGAAGCUUUUGUUGUUCGCGUCAAGGGCUGCGAGACACUAGAGCUAAGCCGGUUGAACAAAGGAAAAGACAGCGAGCAGAUGUGAGAACAGACUGCAAGGCAGUGAUGAUGAAUUAA